UACUGUGUUAGUGUGCACGAUCUUUGCACGCGUAACAACCCAAUUAAAAAAAAAGAAACAGAACUUCAAAGUUCCUAUAUGAAAUUUCUAUAGCACAUAUCAGUUCAUUUGUAAUUUUUGAACUAUCGAAGCGAGAACAUCACUCCGCGGGAAAGAGAUGGCGAAUUCCCGCCCGCUAUUUCGGUGACGUCGGGUGCAUAGUGAAAUAAAAUAAAUGAAAAGUGGCUGGCAUUCAGUAAUUUCAUUGUGUUUACGCGCGUUGCUAGUUUGUUUGGCUACGUAUUUUUUAUUUACACUCUAUUUUACACUGUGGCGCCCUCUACUGUCCUAUAUCUCGUAUUUGAUAUGUGUACCUAGUAAUACGCGUGGUUAACAUGGAGCUGUCAAAACAAUAACCUAGCCGCCUAGCAGUGAUUUGUGUGAACACAAGUGGCGGAAAAACCCUAUGUGUGUUAAGUUUUCGAAGUGAAACUAGUGCUGAGCCGGAAAAUUGUAUGAACGGUUUUUUUGUCCAAACUUAACCUACGACAAUCUUCAGUUGCGCGCGAGCUGUCCUCGCAUGCGCCUCUCGUUUCAUUCGCGACGAAAAUUAACGAAAAUCGACGAAAAUCCACCGAAUGGCCCCGUAUAACCCCGCCGAAUCAAAGACCCGAAAGUCAUCCGAACUUUUGAAAAUCGAACGCCCAACCCAAACUUUGCGUUCGAUAUAAAAGAAAAACUUUUAAAGUGAAAACUUUUUUGCUCAAUUCUUGUGAUCCUAUAAGAGUGCCUUAGUACGUACAAAUACGAAACUAAUAAAAUUGUGAUGUCAUAGUGCAAAAAUUAUAUAGAAAACUAGACUUAGAGAAACUAUUUUUAGUGUUAGUGAACUUGUAGAAAACACUUUAUUUUUUUUUGGAGUAAAACCCAACGAAUUUAAGUGCAUAUGGACUGCAGCGUAAACUUUAUAAGGGUAGCCGCUCAUGUGCCAUGGCGGAGUGCUCGUUCGUGCGGUGCCAGCAGGAACGACGCGCGAUCCGCAAGGAGCUCCAGCGGUGGACUAAGAACAUGGUCUACAUACUAGGUCUAGAACGGGUGGCAGAGGAGUUGAUGGGUCGAAGAAAAUGGAAACUAUACCAAGACGGGUUAAUACCAAAGCGCACCGAGGGAGAGCAGUCGAGCGACGAAGAGAGCAUCGCUGCCUCCGACCCCCCGCCCGCGCUGAAGAUCAAGACCAUCGAGCAGAUCAACGCGCCGGAGAAGCAGGAGAGAGCAGAGAGACCGGAGACGCAGGAGAACGAGGAGAAGGAGAAGCCGCGGAGAGAAACAAUACUGGAGAGCCUCAUCAAGAGGCCCGCCACGCAGCCCAAAGUGGAAGUGUCAGAGGAGCCAGCGGACUGGAAGCCCGCCGACCGCUGCUACUUCUGCGUCGACGGCGACAGGCCUGAGCCGCCCGACGGCCGGGCCGCCACCGGUGCUACCAGUCCAGCCUCGGAGUCAGACAGCAGUUCGGUGUCGGGCGCCAAAAGCCCCGCAGGGCCGCCGCUGCUGCAUCACCUGCUGCAGCUGCAGUUGCAGGGGCAGAACCCACAGGCGAUCGCGCAGCAGGGCUACACGGAGAUGUGUGUGCAGUUCCAGCAGAUGCUGGCGGCGCUGGCGGCGCUGGGCACGGGGCUGGUGCCGCCCGCGCUGUCGCAGGCCUGGAUGAUGCAGCGGCUGGCCACGGCGCGCCCUCCGCAGGACACCAGGCUAUCGGAGAGCGACAAGGCGGCACAGCCGAGCUCGUCGCCCACGAUCGCGGAACAGCCCCUCGACCUGAGCGCCAAGUCCACCUCCAGCACGAGCGGCACUCCGCCUCCCGACGCUAAGAACCUUGAAAACAACAGAUUAAAGCGAGCAGUUCUCGAAGGGUCCAGCAACAGUGCGACGAGACGAGCCUACACCGACGAUGAACUGCAAUCAGCUCUGCGGGAGAUCCAGUCGGGACGCCUCGGCACGCGGCGCGCUGCGGUGCUGUACGGCAUCCCCAGGUCUACCCUACGCAACAAGGUCAACAAGUUCGGCCUCACCUCAGACACCGGCCAGGAGUCAGACCAGGACAGCGAGCCCGACAAACCAGAGUCUCCCCCAUCGGUCAUCCUCAAGAUACCGACCUUCCCGCCCCCCGACGACAAGAGCCCAUCCCCCGCGACACCAGUCACCCCCGUCACUCCAAUCACACCAAUCCUACCCCAACCGACCCUAAAUCCACCCUCCCAAUUCAUGCCCCUCUCAGUUUUCGCAGACCCUCAACCACCCACUCAACAAAUCUUCACAUCUCUAAGCGAUGUUAUAGCGAAAAGCAUCAGCCAAAAGUUCCAACAGCCUUUAGAUAGACCUCACCAACCCGACUUACCUUUUCUACGAGGGCCAGACAGGCACGUCUCAGUUAUAAAAACACCUCCAGACAACCAGAGGAACUACGCGAUGCCGAGCAAUUCUAAGAUGAAUUCGAACAAUAAUGGACAGCCAGCUACAGGCGGGAAGGGCACACGACCAAAACGAGGGAAAUACAGGAACUAUGAUAGGGAUAGUUUAGUGGAAGCGGUGAAAGCUGUCCAAAGAGGGGAGAUGUCGGUGCACCGCGCCGGGUCGUACUACGGCGUCCCACAUUCAACUCUAGAGUACAAGGUUAAGGAGAGACACUUAAUGAGGCCGCGGAAGCGGGAGCCGAAGCCUCCUCAAGAUAUCAAACCUCAGCCACCGAAACCUCCUCCGAAACCGCCGACAAAGCCAUUUACGAAUGGGUUAAAUGGUCCUGAAGGUGGUUAUCCUCCUGGGUACCCUUUCUGGGCGGGGGCCGGGUUCGCGCCUCCGCCUGCGCCGGACCUGUACGCGUCGCAUAUGAUGAGACGGUUGAGGGAAGAGGCGCCUCCUCCCGCGAACGGAUCGUUCCUCGAGGGUAUCAUUCGGUCGAGCUUGGAGCGACCGGGAGCGGCGUUGCUGCAGCGGCUGAGUGCGCCGCCCGCGUCGCCCCCUGGGGGAUCGAUGCGGAGGCGAGCGUCCCCUGGGGAAGAACCUCUGGCGAGGCGUCCCCGGCUGGACUCGGACCAGCAGUUGGCGGCGGAAAUACGCGAGACGGUGCAACGGCUUCGGGCGAAGGAGCUCCGACCUCGUAACGGCACUCCGACGCCGCCGCCCGAGUCGCCGGCUGAAAGUGCGGGGUGCGGGGAGCGCGCCUAGCCUCCGCCGCGCCGAGCCCCCUCGGAACAUUCCCGCUAGUGCAAUAGACCGCCCGUUUGUGCAUUUACAACCCCCCUUCACACCCCCUGCAGUAGUUCAGUUCUCUACAGAUUAUCCCAAUCUGGUUCCACUCUGGUACACAUCAGGUAAAAGGAACUCUGAAAUUGAACUUUCGUAGUGGGUGAUUUAUUUAUUUGGUGGCAUACCGAGAAGUUCGGCGGCGGGAGUCUGACCCACCGCGUCAUUAGUUCGUCAAUCAAUCUUUCGCUACGUGCAUUGUAAAGUACACAAUAUACGUAGAGACCUCUACUGUAGAGCUCAUUUUACCUGAUGCAAACUGUAUUAAAAAGUUGAUGAUUUAAGGCGACUACUCACGUUCCGGUUCCAUAAGCCACGCCCGUUUUGUACUUUUUAUCGGACCAGAAACCAGAGUGAAACUAGAUUCGUUUAAUCCAAGCCUAAGUCAGUUCCGCAGUAGGUUCCGCUUCCCCCUCAACCCCUCCACGGUUACACGAUGUAUCACCAAAUAAUCACAAUAGUUACCUAAAGUCACAACCGAUUCGAUAUGACACAGCUUUACUAAUGCAAUAAUCACAAUUAAAUAAAAUAGUGUUUAGACGCCCAUGAUUAGUGGACCGGUGGGUUUUGUGUGAUCCAUGUGGAGUCCAGGGUUAUACUGAACUCGUAUGUUCUAUUUUAAAAAUGUAAAAUUUUCUUGGUGCAAAAAAAUUUAAAGUACUAGUUUUCGUAUAGUUUUUCGAUUACCCUCUUCGAUUUUAGAUUUUAGACUGUUCGUUUUUUAAACGAUAUUUAAUAUAAUUUGUGUCCGACGGUACGCUGGUACGCCGUUCACGUACGAUGUCAGUAUAACACUGGAUCCGCUCAGCAAUCAGGUUGUCCAAAAUUUAUUUCCUAGCUCCGGAUGCCUCACUUUUGAACUUGUUUUAAGUAAAAGACAACCAAAAGUUAAUGUUAUAAAAUCAACUAUUUAAAUAUUUUUAAGUAAAUAAAAAAACAAUGUAACAAAUUAAUUAUAAAGCUAGCUAUGAGUGUAAAUGUUAUCGAUUUUUAAGUGAAUAAACGCAGAUUUUGUGCGGUGUUUUUAUAAUUAGAUAGGUAAUAUAUUGAAUGAAAUUAGCUACGGCGGGAUCGGUCACACCAUCUCUUUCUGGCGCGGGGCCGGAAGUGCGUGCGAGAGAGGGACAGGCGUAUUUCCGUGGCUCCACGAAGCCGAUUGUGCAAUUAUUAUUUUGUAAAAAAUAGUAAUUUAAAUGUGUGUGUGUGCUGACACGUGGAUUUCCAUAUUACUAAAUGUGAUAUUUAGGUAUUACGAGGACGAGUGCGGUUUGCGUCGGGCGGUCGGGUAUACACCGGCGCUUCACGACUAAAUCUAGUACAUCUAGUGAACUUAUAUAUUUUAUGUACUAUUAUUGUAUCUUAAGAAGAUAUAUUCUUAUUUUUCAUGGUCCAAGUUUUAAAUGUUUUAUCGACUAUACAAAAAUAUGAAUAAUCAUUAUUAUAUUCUUGUCGACUUUAAAAAUUAUUAGCCCAAAAGAAAAUCCUCAAAAAAAAUUGAUAUCUUCACAUUUGUGACAUUUUUUGGUGUUCAAUCGAAAAUAUAUUAUGGAGGUAUAGUACGAAAGGAAAAAUUGUAUACGCUCUCCCAAAAGUAAAUUUAGGUAAAAAUAUUUGGAUAUAAAAUUAUCAUACGAUUACUUAUAGUAAGUUACGUGUAAAUGUCGCCUCAUUGGAAAUUAAGAAGUCUUUGUAUUGUGUAUGUAAUUAAAAUAUACAUAUAUUAUAUACAAGUUAAAAUAAAAUUAUUGUCGUACAUUUUCUUCGGAGACCACGAGUGAUGAGAUAAAAGAAGUUAAGGGAGUCUGCGAUCGACAUUUUGACGACAAAAAAAUAACGUUUAUAUGCAAGCACCGAAAAAAGUUAUUAGAAAUUGAAAAAAGAGUAAUUAUAUAAUCUGAAACAAAAUCGUAAUACAUAUCCAAAAGCUGGGAUGUCGAACGCACACUCUAUAAAAAAAAAAAAAAACGAAAUUUUUAUAUUCGAAAUUUAAACUAGUCGAUAGCAUGUUUUCACGUUUAUUUCUUUCCCUCUGUGUAUAAUUUUUGAUGUCUUUUUAGCGUUUAAUCCUCAAAAAAAUCUAUCUUAACUGUUAUAAUUAUGCAUUUAUAUUGAUAAAACACACUUGUAGGGAAUAUUUUUAAAUAAAAAAAAGACAUUUUAGUUUGGCGCGUUGGCUAGAGCCCACCAGACCGCAUUUCAAAUUGAUUCCAAAUUCGAAAUUUGAAAUCGAACAACUUUUUUUAAUACGUACACAAAUCAAUCUGUGUGUUAUGCCUGAACAUUUGUUGAUAGCUUAAAAAAAGUUAUUUUGUGUAAGUUUGUACAGAGAUAAUAGGAUGGGACAAAUUGCAAAGAGAAUUUAGAUGUUAAAAAACAUUCCGUUUAGAAUGUUAUUAGAUUUUUUUAAUUAAUUAAUUAAUAAUAUAAAUAUUUUUCGCAUCGGGAACAAAUCAUUAUGUUGUUUAAUCUUAUUUUAUAACGUUAGUUAAUUUUUAAGUGGCUUUAUUUUUAAAAUAACCCUAUAUAUGAUUACAAUAUUAUAUUGAGAUGUUAUACAUGUCAUUGUUUUGUGCAAAGUGUUUGGGGUUCUAUUCCCGGUUUUAAAGAGAGUUGCGACUGAUAUGUAGUAGAAAAAUGUCGAGUUUGAUACUCGGCCGGUCUGUACAAAUGGUAUACGCCGCCUUGACACGUUAUUGACAGUGAUCUCCGCAAUUAGAUCAGCUUUUCUACACUCGAUCAGUUUCAUAAUGGAUACACGCCUUUAUAAUAAUUGCAAAGGAAUUUUUGUAUACUUUUUUACCGAAAAAAAAUUAGGCUGAAUACAUCAAUGCCUUUGCCUUGAAAUUUGUUUUUCUACUGGCAACUCUAAUCGAUGAAUUCUUUUCCUUUAUAAGUAAAGCUCGUUUAAAUUUUUCGCUUUUUGAAGAGAUCACUGGUUUAUUAGUGAAUCGUUUUUAUUGUAUAUUGUUCAAUCAUUUUUCCACAUAGUUUUAAGCAUUUUAGUUGAUAAUGUAGUGUAAUUUGAAUUAAUAGGUAGGCGGUAGUAAUUCUUUAAUAUUUUGUUAAUUUUUUUUCGUAUUUGUAAUAAAUUUUCUUAAGGGUUAGGUUAUUCUUGAACGGUCCUCGACUUGGCCAGGAACAAAAAGACAAUGAAAGGAAGUUGCAUUUUUUUACUAAAAAGCAUUAUAAAAUAAUCUUUAAGUGCAAUCUAAUCUUAACACACGUCGCCCUGAGCCGGAUUUAAUACUUAUAUCGGUUUUUAGGCGAUCAUUAUAUCGUUGUCAAAAACAUAAUAUGAAAUAGAUAGACUGUAUGAUCUGCUACUAGAGUCAACGGCGUAAUAAAAUAAAUCACAUAAAUUAAAAAAAGAAAUAUUCCAUUUUAAAAAUGGUAACAAUACUUGACUUCAUUUUAGGCUAAGCCUACACUGCGAAUUAUAUUCGCGCGGUAAGACCGCAUCCAACUUUUGGGUCACUUUUUAAUAUUUUUUAUUUUUUAAUAGUUAAAAUUUUCAAAUGUAACGAAAUUCUAAUAACAAAGUAGAUGCGCUGGCUCGCUUCUAAUUUGAAAAUUUAUUGGUAUUUUUUCUUAUUUCGUCGCUGUAACAGAACAAUCCGUUUAUUUCAUAUGUGUAUGACAUUUGAAUACCUUAAAAGACAUUGCCAGAUCUUAUUUCUAAGCAUUCGUAAACACAAUGUUGUUUGUUUGUGUGACUGUAUCUUUGUAUAUAGCCGAAUGCCAACUGCAGGCGCGGUGACACUAAGCGUCUUAUACGCAUAUGAAUAUAAGAUCAAAGUAAAAAAUAGAAAAAUAGGUGUUUUAAUGUUUUAUACGUACUAUAAUAACUGACACUAAUUAUACUAUAAAAAAGUCAAUAAUAUUUUUAUUCUUUCUUCAAAUUAAGUUCACACAUAUUUAAUUUUUAAAUUUUAAUAACCAAAAAUUAAUUUUCUUGGUAUAUUUACGCAUAUUUUGUAACUUAGGUUAGUCUACAAUAUAUUACGCAGAAAUAAGAAAGCAUGAAAAAUAUUUUGUACAGCAUAACCGCGCGCAAAGUUUUUGCGCGCAGGUUAUACAAUAGUGCGAACUUAACCCUAUUUUUCUUUUUUUAUUUGGUCUGUGGUUUGAACUAUGUAUAUAAAACAGCGCACACUGUGUCACCCGCGUUUCCGGUUGACACCCGGCAUAAGGUCGAUAAUAUAUUAUAAGCUUCACCUAUCGUUUCCCUUCUAUAUCCAUAAUAUUAUGUAUGUUUCCAUAGAAGAUUAAUUUUAAACUAAAUAAAACAAUUAUUGUACUUUUUUAUAUAACAAUAAUUCCUUUAUUAUAUUAUUACUUAUUAGAAUUAUCGCUUGGUUAAUUGUAUUUUGUUUAAAACAAAAGUAAGGAAGCAGUGGACGUGGGUUGGCCACGUUAAAAAUAAUGUACAACAAAAAGCAUUUAAUUUAGACAUAUUAAAUAUAAAUAUUAUCUUUAUUGAAAAAAUGAUAGUGUAAAAUAAAAUUCGAAUUUCACAUUGUGUAUUUCAAAUGUCAGUACUAAGAACCUGAUAUGCCCCUUAAGUAUGAAAAUAUCAAUUUUAGAGAAAUAAAAUCGCCAAAUUAUCAUUCAUAGUUUAAUUUUACAACAAUUAUUAAUAAUAUAUGUAGGUAUAUCAAUCAUAUUAUUCAACCUACAAGAGGCGGCAUCGCCUACAUCAGUUGUGAGUCUUGCAGCGUGAGCAACCCCCUUUAAUCUACGAAAAAAAUAUUUACUUUAAUUAAAACUCAAAUAAGGACAAUAAUUUCUAGGUCCUUUUUAGGAAAUUUUCAAAAAAACAGUGGUAUACAUAUUAUGGACCAAUGCUUUUCUAAAGAAAAAAACUGAUUUUGGUAGUAGGUAUAUCAGGAUUUCAAUAAGUACCGACAUUCGACAUAAUCGUGAAUGGUAAACGCUUAGAACUUCACAUCACAUACUGGGGAACAUUGUUUUUUAGUGUUGUCAGACUAAAUAAAAUAUAUUUUAGUUUGUGAUCGGAUAAGAAAAAAAUUUAUUUAGACAACGGACCAAUGUGUAAGAUAGACACUGUUAUUUUCCUAACGGUCUAAGAGUAAGUGGAUGUUUUGUUUAAAGUGUUUUUAUACUGUAUUACACUUUACAUAACAUACAGUUAUACCGAUGUAUAAUAUGGCACAGCUAUCUUCGACAGAUUUACCACAUAUUUACAUAAUAUUAAUUAUAUUUUUCAAUUGCUAUUCAUAUAACUUUUAUAUAACAUGUAACUGUACAAUAAACACAUUCAUUGAACUGUAAAAUACUACAUCUUACGAUUGUUUUGUUAUAUUACAGGUAUUAUGUUAUAUAAUAGCAAUUUGAAUGAUAUAAUUAUUACGUCAAUGGUUUAUGCUUGAAAUAAAAAUCAUAUUUUUAUUAUUUAGGAUCGAGGUAGUUCUGUCAGGUUUUCGGUUGUCCAUAUUAAAUAUCUUAUGUAGAGUGUUUUAUAGAAAAUGUGGAGUGUAAAAACACUUAAUAUAAAUAGUCCACUAGCUCUCAAUGUAUAAAGAAUUAAUUGAAAAGCUCAUUAAAUAUGUUUUUUUUAUUUGUAUAUCAAACAAAUGAGCUGAGGAGAUCAAAUUAUAAAUAUUGUUAUUUAAUUACUGAGUACAAGUUUUAAUGGUAUAUUUUUUUCAAUAUAUUCUGUACAUUAUUCGCCUUAAUGUUUUUUUUUGUUACUUUGUUCCUUUAGUUUUUAUUGAUAUUAUUUAGUUUUCUUUUUUGGGCGCUGUUCGGUUAUUACUUAAAUAUUUUUUUAGGGCUAAUAAAUAUAUCGAAUAUUUUUUAUUUAAAUCAGAAUACUUUCAAAAUUACAAAUUUAUUUGUCAACUAAAGUUUAUUUAGCGAUUGAAAAAUCCAACCCCCAGAAUUUUUCGAUACCUACUUUUAAAAAGUAUAUAAUAAAUGGCAGUUACCUUUUUUAAGGCCGUAGUAUACGUUGAAACCGAGGCGUUGGCGAGGCCAACGAGCCAACGAGAUUAGAUUUAGAGAUCUAUAAGGGAGGAAAAAUGAUUAAGAGUCGUGAUUAUAAAUUUUUACUUGAGUUAGUGAGAGCUAUUAAUCUAUCUCACUUAACACUAGUAUUAUAAAGGCUAAAGUUUUUUUGUAUGUAUGUUUGUUACUCUUUCACGUCAAAACUACUGAACAGAUUUGGCUCAAAUUCGGAAUAGAGAUAGAAUAUACCCUGGAUUAACACAUAGACUACUUUUUAUCCCGGAAAAUCAACGAGUCCCCAUGGGAUUUUUAGAAAACCUAUACGCACGCGAAUGAAGUCGCAGGCAUCAGCUAGUAUAUAGCAGUACUAGUAGAUUAGUAUAUGAGUGGGCAUCAGUAUAUGAUUGUGUCACGAUUAGACAUUCGGCCAUUUUAGCAGGAUAAUAACGUUAGCUCUAUACAGCGUCAGAACAACACAAAACGCACGAUGGCAGUGUGGCUCAACAGCAAUGCUGUAGGAAGUAAUACAGAAUGCGCGCGUAAGCGUGUUUGAUUUGUAAAACAAGAUGUACAGUUGUAUUUAAAGCAAGUCUCACUGCAGCAAUUGAGUGUAGUUUAAUGUAGCAUAAUUUGAACCAAAGCUGCAUAUUAUGAUACGUUGCAAUACACUGCCAUCGCGCAUUUUGUGAGUUUCAAGCAUUAAGGUUUCUGUCUUCCUCCUCAAAAUUUUCUUAGGUAAUAAACGAACAGCCUCUUUCAAACAGGUAAUUGCUAAAUAUUUUAAGCAAACUCAAUAUUUUCUAUUAUUAUUUUUAUUAAUAAUAAAUAAAUAGACAUAAUAUAUAUUAUUCACUUCCUCAGUAAAAAGUGAUGUAUUAUACACUAUUUCUACAUUUACUCACACUAUUUCGAAAAAAACAGACGCAAGAGAGAAAAUCAAUCAAAAAUAAAUAGAACGGAAAAACGUGAUUGGCAAAAACACUAUUGUAUUGAAUCUAGUCAAAUUUAUAGAUGAAAAGAAAAAAAAUUGAAAAGCUAAGCUUACGACGAUGAUUCGACUGACAUUUUUUGUAAAAAAUUAACGUCCAAAAACAUUGGUCGCUAGGCGACAUAAAAAAGUUGAUUUGAAAUUGUGGAAUUGUUCACGAUCAAGAAGCUAUUAUUAUUAUUAAAUUGUAAACUUCUUGGUUUACUUUGCAUCUUUGUAACUAUUUCUAAAGCCUCCGCUACACUUUAUGCCAAC